AGAUCUUUGGGGGUAAAGCCGAGCAUGAGAUCAUUUGUCCACUCUAGCAUGAUGACAAAGCCCGAUGGUCAUUGGUCAUUGGUCAACUUCCUGCGCUCCAUCUCUUUUCUCAAAGCCGCUCUUCAAUUCCGCGCUCGCAAACACAAAGCCUCUGCUCGCUUACCCAAGGAUUGGGUAACCACUGGGUAACCCAUAUUCCAAUUGCACGGUUAUUGACCAAGACCUGUAUAAUGCACAAGCAGUCCUUCUUCUCGUCUCGUCUACCAUGAUCUAGCCAUCCUUCAGGUCUAAGUAUUUAUUCCUACCUUCUCUUCCAUGUUUUCCAAUUUGCUUCAGCAAAAAACCACACUCACCGCAAUAAUAACAGCACUCCUAAGCGCAAUCACAGCCAUUUACAUGCUUAGCAAUACCACCAACACCAACAACACUACAGAACAGUCGUCUAUGAGAGCAUCCAACGUCCUGAAAACAGCAAUGUCAAAUCUGUCUCACGCAAAGAUUGUCCCCCGACCUUCCAAAACACGAGGUACCGCCAACCACGGCUGGCUGGACACAAAGCAUACCUUCUCCUUCGCCGGUUGGUACGAUCCAAGAUAUACUCAGUUCGGAUCUCUACGCGUACUCAACGAAGAUCGAGUCGAGCCAGGAGAGGGGUUUCCCACCCACUUCCACCAGAAUGCAGAGAUCUUCAGUUACAUCCUCUCUGGAGAGUUGACACACCGUGACUCGAUGCAAAAGAAGGGCGCAGAGAGCAAUGACAAGGACAAGUUCUUCCGAAUGCACCGCGGUGAUGUCCAAUUUACCACCGGUGGAAGAGGCAUCUCUCACAGCGAGUUCAAUGAAGAUAGUGAAGGCAAGAAAGAGUGGACGCAUUUCCUACAAAUAUGGGCACUUCCCUGGAAGAGAAACCUUCCACCGAUCUAUCAUACCACGACCUUCACUGAAGAGGAGAAGCGCAAGGGCUUUGUUACCAUCAUUACACCAUUGAAAGCUGGUCCAAACGCCACACUGGAGGAGGAGAAGGCUGCGGUGCCCGCUCGAGAAGGAACGAUUCCUGUACACGCCGACUUGGUGUUCAGCGCAGGCAUUAUCCCUGUGGGCGAGACAUUCAGCUACAACGUUGGUGGCGGAGAUGCUGUGUCAUCGAAGUCGGAUCGAAAAGUCUACAUCCAUGUGCCAGAAAUGAAGGGGGGCAAGGCCAAAAUCAGACUAGACGGGCGAGAAGAUGCAACCUUGAAGGAAGGUGACGGCGCAUAUGUGACUCACGUCAACGCCAAUGAUGUGCUUAGGUUUGAAAGUGUCGGGGAGGCAGAAGCCGAAGUGGUGAUCAUUGACUCGGAAUGAUCGUGAUUGUGUAUACUGGGUUUGGGAUAGAUAGCAUAGGCGUGGAUAGUACCUAGCGUCAAUAUGUAUUGUAUGCUUGGAUCAACAGAUGUCUAGGUAGUUGGAAUACGUACCCAUUGUGUGCGU